AUGGCCAUGAUGAUGAAGAUUGUGCUGAGAAUAAUGGGGAUGAUGAUGAUGAAGAAUUCAUUCCUCCAGGUCGUCAGGUGGGAGUACCAAGUGCUGUCUCCUCCUAGUGGCUCCACUCUGGAAGUACCAGGACUGGUUCCCAAAGCUAGUGCAGCUCUCAACAGCAGCCCCGUGGCCCAUUCUACUGAGGACGGUCCUUCUCUCAUAGGCGAAAAGCAUGAUUUGGCAUCCCCGGCCAGAGUUGUGGAGCCAUGGAACCGUGGUUACAUCAGUAACCGGAGCGUUUCUGUGCAAAUGGUUGGAAGAAAAGGAGAUGGAAACAUGACUAAUGGCCAUGAGGCAUACUAUGUCAGUGGUGGCUCAUCUUCUGAUGAAGAUGAAGAAACACUCUCAACUUCAAAAGAGCAGCUGGAGACCAAGAGUUUCUCCUGCAGCACCUGUGGAAAAACACUGAGUUCAGAGGGUCAUUUAGCAAGACACGAGAGAACACACACAGAACCAAAACAGAAAGAUUACAGCUUUCACAUGAAUACACACCGUGAAAAGUCUUUCCACUGCAGCGAAUGCGACAAGUAUUACAGCACCAAAUUAAGUCUUGAUGCUCAUAAGCGAAUCCACACGGGAGAAAGACCUUACAAGUGUCCUCACUGCGAGAAGACCUACAACCACAUAUCACAUCUGAGGACACAUGUGCGUGUUCACACCAAUGAGAGACCUUUUCAGUGCAGUGAAUGCGAGAAAGCCUUCACAAACUCAAGCUCUCUAAAGUCACACCAGAAAAUCCAUUCUGACGAGAAACCGUUUCAGUGCAAACACUGCGACAAAGGAUUCCGUCAAAGAUCAUAUCUGAAUCUUCACGAGAGGAUUCACACCGGAGAGAAACCGUAUCUGUGCUCCUACUGCGGGAAGAGCUUUUCAAAUUCUACUCAUUUUAAAGAACAUCAGAGAAUCCACACUGGAGAAAAACCAUUUCAAUGCAGUGUUUGUGGCAAGAGUUUCCGAAGGGGUGUUGCUUUACAGAUGCACACAAUAAUUCAUAGCGGUGAAAGACCGUUUAAAUGCUCACAGUGUGAAAAGACGUUUGCUCGAUCUGACGUCCUUAAGACCCAUCAGCGAGUUCAUACAGGAGAGAAACCUUACUCCUGCUCCAUCUGCGGCGAGAGAUUCGCUUAUUUAGGUAGUUUUCAGACCCACCAGAACAAACACACUAAAGAACAAACUGCUCCUGAAUCAUCAGAGUGA